AUGUACCAAUGGCUGCUGGGGGCCCUGGGCGCGCUGCUCGCCGCCGCCCGCCGCCCCCCGCCCGCCGCCCCGGCCCCGGCGCCGCCGCCGCGCAGGAGGCCGUCCCGCAGUGUUCCGCCGUCUGUGGAAGAUGAAGAGCAGCAGCAAGUGAAGAGGCGAAAAUUAGAUUCAAAUCAUAAGGAAGAGGUCCAGGACGUCACUGCUGGGGUGAAGGUGCCAGCUGCAGAAGAGGCUCAGUCCACUUCUUCUGACACAUCAUCUCAAGUAGCAGCAGAUUCUCCACCAGACGUGCAAGUGCUGGAUGUCGACAAAAUGCCUUGUGAAGCUGAUCAGGGAAUGCUGUCCCUUUCUCCUGUGACAAUUCCAUGUCUGAGCAUGUGCAAGAAUGGCAUCCAGCACCUCAAACCUGCAUCAGACAGCACCCUCAUGCUGAGGCCCCCCAUCAAGGAGUGCACUGCACCCAAAUCCACCUCCUCAGAGAGCAGCAGAACGGGGAGGUUUCUCUGCACAGCCGAAGAGGCUAUUCAGCAACGAGAAAAGGAGAAAUACAAGGAGCUCCUGAGGCUGCUGAAGGAGAAGUAUUCCAGAAGCCGCUGCAAUCCGCAGCCUACCAGUUUACACAAUGCCCAAACCCACUCCAAGGACCCAGUGAUGACCACAAACCAUGUGGGCAACCAGAAGCAGGACGCUGUGUACCCGUGUGUGACACUAAGGAGCGGUAUCAAGCAUGCAGAUGUUUGCAGCUCACAGUGGUCUCAGAAAAGUGAGAUGAUCAGGUACUACACACCAGCAGAAAACCCCAUGGAACAGAAAAGGCCAGUGAAACAAGUCAUGACAGGGUGUGGAUCUGGAGACUCAGAAGAGACACCCUUUGAGAUCCAUCUGACACCUGUUCUGCCUCUGAAGACAGAUGUCCUUGAUGUGGAAGAAGGGAAAUCCCCGAGCUCGGGGCAAAGAGGCGAAUGCUUUGCUCCGCUCACAAAGGCCAUGGACAGGGAGAUCAAAGCUGCCUUAGGUGAGGGUAAUCCAGAGGAGAUCCUGAGCAGUGCCUUCAAGCUGAAGGUGACACGUGGGGACAUCCAAACGCUGAGGAACCUCUGCUGGGUCAACGAUGAGGUCAUCAAUUUCUACAUGAAUCUUCUGAUGGCAAGGAGUAAGAAGGAAGGAUAUCCAGCAAUCCAUGCUUUUAGUACUUUCUUUUAUCCCAAACUACUUUCUGGGGGCUACAAAGCAGUGAUGAGAUGGACCAGAAACGUGGAUCUCUUCAAGCAGGACAUGGUCUUCGUGCCCAUCCACCUGAAACUGCACUGGGCACUCGUGGUCGUAGAUGUCAGAAAGAAAAGCAUCAGAUACUUGGACUCACUGGGCCAAAACGGGCACAAGAUCUGUGAGACUGUGUUCAAAUACCUGCAAGCAGAACACCUGGAGAAAAGAAAGCUGGAGCUGAGCUGUUGGGAGUGGAGCCUGUGCAGCAUGGAGCCACACGAGAUCCCUCAGCAAUCCAACGGAAGCGACUGCGGCAUCUUCCUGUGCAAAUACGCAGACUUUCUGUCCCAAGACAAGCCAAUGACCUUCUCACAGCCUCACAUGCCUUACUUCCGCCGGCGCAUGGUGUGGGAGAUCAUCCACCAGCAGCUGCUGUGAGCAGGGGAACACUGUGACACCCAGCCCCUCCCUCCCCUCCUCUCUGACCCCUUCUUGGACAAGGCAGCAGACACACAGGUUUUUCUUAGGUAGUUGGUGAAGCUGCUCAUUGUGUGUCUUUUCCCUUCCCUCCCCACCUCCUGUUGGAGACUGUUUGGAUUAGUUAACACACCUCAGCUGCAGCCCUGAGGGGUUUGUGGUGCCCUGGCCCAGGGCAGGGGCUGGAGCCCACACUGAGCUCCUCACAGCAGCGACCCCCUGGGACCUCACCUUCCCCAGGACCACGUGCUCAGCUACUGUUCCCUCCAGGACUGGUUUUUUACUUGUGUUUCUGGAAUACCUGCCAUCUACUUGAGUCUACAACUGGAGCUGUGAUCAUCACUAGAAACCACUUUCUCCCCCUCGUGACUGCUGGCUGGGGGUGGGCUGCUGUUUGUGUUUCUGUCUCUGGGCAAUUAGCUAAUGUGAAGAGAGAACUAUUUAUUUCUUUUUAUUAAGAUAAAUAUGUAACUUUAUAUUAUAUAAAGAGCCUUAUUGGAAUUAA